CUCGUCUGCAACUUAAAUUCUGCGCAAAUUCUUGGCAACUCUCCGUUUCGCGGCGAUUGCAAAUAUAAAUUCAUUAUUAUGCUUCGUUUUAUCCUCCUCUCCUCUUUGUUGAUGAUCUGCACCACAACCGCAGAAGAUUAUAUCUUACGAGAGGGAAUCCAUGUGAUCAACGCUGAAACCAUCUGCUAAUCAGUUUAUCACUCGUUCAGGAUUUUCGCUUCCAACUGCAAAUCUUGCGACACCGUGAGGUUGGAAGAACUGAAUUUGCUAUUCAUCAGCCGCUUGAAUUACUUACAAAUCUUCUCUAUUGAUCGGAAUGUUGCUCUUCGUUUUCCAUUCGCAGCAGAAAAUUUUAAAAGUAAAUUGUCCUCCAUCGAUUUCUGGUGGCCAGCAGGUGAAAUUUUUUACACCGUCGACUAUGAGCUUCAGGCGGCUCACCAGCUAAUUGGCAGAGCCGGAGAAAUAUUUGCCAAAAUGGACAAAAUUCUAAUGUUUGAAGUUAAAGAAGAGGUCGCUGAGAAACGUGAGGAAAUGAUAAGCCACGUGAAGGAUUUACUAACUGAGAACAAUAGAAAUAUAGAUAGUGUUGAGAAGCACCUGAAAUCGGUGGUAAUGAAAGCAAUGUUCUGCACGUUGAACAUAUUCUCGUUAUUUGCUGGCACAUUUUUACUUCCUGCAUUAAUUAUUGACGAAACUUACGGCAGCCAUAUAACCAAAAAUGAUGACAUGAAUCCUGAUCUUUUGUUUUCAAAUAGAUUCAAUAAUAUUUCAAUGUUAAUCGCUGAAUACAAAAAGCAAAGGCGGUUUUCUGAUGAAAUUAAAUCAAUUGAGAAGGUGAAGGCCUUGAAGGCGGUGAUGGCAAUAGAGGCCAACAUCAACGAAACUGUCAUUGAUGAUGAGCAGCGAAAAGCAGUCGGAGUAAUUGUUGACGAUUACAACAAAGCAAAAUCUGAAUCUAAUUCAACUAGUUUUGUAUUAAUGCCAAUUCUUGAAGAAGUUUUUGAAUUUGUUAGGAAAGCACUUGCCAGGAAGAUCGCAAUACUUGAGUACGAAAAUGGUUCUAUAGGGAAAAUCAAUGAUUUGAAAUCUGCUGAGGUAAAAUUUAAAAAUGCUGACAUAAUUGCAUCAGGAUGUGCGGCUUUUGAAUUGGCAAAUACUUACGGACAGGACGAUGCGACUCUGGUUGUGAUCCAUUCUGCCAUAGAGUCCAAUGCAGUCGCUCUGCGAGAAAUGGCUCGUUACGAUCAAAUCCUCAAUGAUCAAAUGUUGCCAAAGCUCGAGUACAUGCUGGAAAUUUUAAGCGAAAUGCAGAGCGACAACAAAGACAUCACCAUGGCUAUGCUCAGGUUGCGGAAAUUGAACUUGAAAAAACAAGCUCGUCGUUUCAAUACCCUGAUUAAAGAGUUUGCACAUGAAUUCGCUGGCGUUUGUGACAGUGGCAGCUUGUUGAUGUAUCUGGAAGCGUACAUGGUCCUCCUGAUCAACUCUUACGAUCUGCUGAACGGAGCUGAGUAUGCGAUUCAGCUGAAGGCCUUCAUCGGCCGCGUUGAUACAGGCGAUUGCAGUCGAUCCGAAGAUCUGAUCGCGUGCUUCCGGAACGAGAAUUUAGUCACUCAGAUCCGAGCCGAUGAAAUCUUCCGUAACUGUCUUCAAAUUUUCAACAGCUAUCAACAAGUCCUGUUUCCCUACGGUGGCGACGUGACCCUCCGAAAUACCUUCGCGCAAUUGAACGAAUUAAAUGCUAAAAGUUAUUCAAUUGAGGCCAAAGCUGAGGUUCUGCAGAGUGCAACAAACCUGAUCAUCUAUGACUUGCAGACUAUUCAGAACGAAAUCGACCCAGUGAAGGACUCAACCUUGAUUCACACAGCUUUCAACUCGGUGGUGUUUGAGCCCUUCUUCACCUGGCCCAACACCAAGUUUGGCACUCAAAUAAAGAGGUUGCUAAGUGGUGAAAAGGUGACGCUCUCUGCUUCAGUGUUCAGCCUUGGAGUGCGGAACGUGGUCAAGUACAACUCGGUGAUGCUCAACGUCAAGUCAAGCGAUCUCUCAGCCAAUCGCGCACUCCAAGAUUUGUUAAACCACUUUGAGGUUGAAAUGGAGAGCCUAGGCGACAUGCACUACCGGUGCGGAGAUUCUUUCUACGUCAGCAGCAGCCAGCCCGUCCAGUUCGAAAGGUGUUUUGAGAUGGAACGAGAGACUUUUCCUUGCCACAGCCGAAAUACAGUCAUCAAUCAAACUCUCCAUUUUGACACUUUCAAAGUGACUCCGAGUCCGUACACUGUUUGGAAUUUCCGACUAGUGCAUCGCUCAGCUAUCGACAAGCAGCAGCUGCUGGAUGAGCUGAAAACCUUUUCCAAUUCUGUGGACUUGGAACUCGUCGGCACCGGAUCCUUCAUCUUGGAGAACGCUCCAAUCUGCGACCUAAAGCUCAGCCGGCAGCAUAUUAAAAAAACAAGGUAGAAAUGACGCAACCUCCUAAGAGGUAUGCAAUGCCGCCUUACAUCGCUGUUAGGCGGGUUGCUGUCGCUGGUAUUUUACUCAAAAAUAUAUUGAAUUAAUUGAUUUAUUAGUAAAAAUGCAAGAAUUAUGAAGCUGAAAUGGAACAUUACAUGCCUUUCUUGAUGAAAAAAUCACAUACAAACUUUCUUUAAAGAAUAUUAGAAAUAUGAAAUUUAUAAAAAAAAAAAUACAAUCAACAGGAACUUAUAAUGUUUGUCGACAGUGUGAAAAUUUAUCUACUAGGGUGAAAAGAAUUUCAAUUGCAAAAAGACGAAUCGCCUUUAUUUAUCAGAAAUUUACUUGUCAGAAAAUAAUCUUUGGCGAUGAUGUGUAAAUUUCUUAUCAAAAUUCAUUGCUCAUUGUCAGAGAUAGUAUUUUUUAUCGGUCAGAAAUUCAAAAGUAAAGAAAAUGGAAGGUCAGAAUUUAAUAUUAUUUUUUUUUAUAACCAUAGUUUUAAGGUCAAGUGGACGUAAAAUUAUAAAUUUUUUAUAAGCAAAUAUGCUAAGCAACAUAUGUCUCACAUGGAAUGUUUCUCGUUUCUCGCUUAUCAUUCAGUAAAUAGAAAUAUUAAUUAAUCAUACUGAAUUUAACUUAAUUUUUAAGGACAAACUAAACCUUAUUUUAUUUCUCAACCGUUUCACUCGUUUCACUUAAUUCUUCAGAUGUUAAAUAUUUACUUGUAGAGUUUUCUGAUGAAUUUUAUUCUGGAAAAUGAAUAAUUUUGCUUGCGUUCUGAUAAACAAUUUCUGACCAAUUAUUUUUCAAUAAAUGAAAAAAAAAUUUCGGAUAAAUGUGAUAAAUGAGGGGUUCUAAACAAGACUGCUGAUAAUAUAUGUUGAAAACUGAGUAAAUUUUGGUGUUUUUUUAAGGUGACUAUGCCAUUGGAAAUAGAGAAAGAUCGCCAACAUAUGUCUAAACACAAAAAUGGCAAUUGAAACUGAUGAUCAAUAAAAUUUUUUAUUGAUUUUAUUAAAAAAUUGACUUAUUUUGAAAUUUGAUUUUUUUUUUAUCUAGUGUGUUUAAUUAAAUGAAUUUUUGGAAUUUUUAUUUAAAAUCCAGAGAUAGCAACGCUCAUAAAAUAAUAUAAUAAGUAGAACACGAGCAACAGCAACCCGCCUAACAGCGAUGUAAGGCGGCAUUGCAUACAUUUUAGGAGGCUGCGUCAUUUCUACCUUGUUUUUUUAAUAUGCCAGCCGGCAUUACAAUUCUUUGAACUGAGAGUUAAAAAUAAAUGAAAAUCAUCAGCAUCAGAUAAUGUUUUAUAAUAAUAAUUUAGUUUUCAAUGUAAAUUUUGUUUUUGGAAUCGCUUGGGAUGAAUUCGCCUCCUAAUUUAAUUUAUUUCAGUAUAUUAAAUUGAAAUAAAUAGUCACUAUAUUAUUGAUGAAAGUUUUAAUUUUCAAACUCCUCACAAAAUAUACUGAUUUUUAACUUAAGCUAA